UUGAUUUUGGCAAUAUUAGAAAUGCUACUCUUAGAUUAAUAGACUUUUUUUGGUUUCUUUUUUCGUAAUUUGAUUACAUUAUGAGUGAAGAAAAAUAUAGAUUUCUCGUGGAAUGGUUUGAUCCAACAAUGAAAAUAAAGAGAAGAUUUAUUUUAUGUUAUUAUCCUUCUGAUGGAAGUGUUGACAUGUAUGACAUAGCAUCUAAACGAUUAUUCCUUCGUAGGAUUCAAUGUGAUAAUGUAAGUUCUGAAGAUUUAUUUAUCGGAAGUAUAAUCAAUGUUUUAUCUAGACAGUUAUAUAUUGUAGAUUUUGGUGAUCGAACAACAGCAGAAAGAUUUGCUCGUGAAGUGGAAUCGACAAUUUUUAUUGUGAAUGAAUCCGGAUUCUCGAACCUCGGCCGCAUAAUCUCAGUUUUAGAAAAUAACGACCUUGCUAUAAAUCGAGGCAAAGUCAUUGACAAAGAAAAGAGUGGCUUUAAUGCCAGUUCUUUCGCCACGAAAUUGAAUAAAAAAUGUGUGAUAAUGGAAGUCCGAGGACAAAAUGCCAGGAACAUAGUAAGAAAGUUGCUAAAUCCUGAAUCGCCGAUUGAAAGGCCGCUUAGAUCCAAUUUGGGUGAACUGACUGGACAUUGUAUAGGCCCAACGGAUGACAGAACUGCUGAAACUGAAAUUAAAGUAUUUUUCCCAUCAUCAAAAGAAGUACAUUGCAAUACUGCCAUCUAUAAAAAUUCUACAUGUUGUAUAAUUAAACCGCAUGCAGUGCGAGAGAAAAUGGUUGGUAAUAUAGUGCAAGAUAUUAUUACGGCUGGAUUUACAAUUUCAGCAUUAGAAGUGGUAACUUUCAAUUUAGGUACAGCGUCUGAAUUUUUUGACGUAUAUAAAGGAGUUGUUGCUGAAUAUAAAGACAUGGUUGCACAAUUAAUAUGUGGUCCUUCAAUAGCAUUAGAAAUAUCCAAGCAAAACUCCAGUAAUGUGUUUGAGGAAUUCAGAACAUAUGUUGGACCAGCAGACCCAGAAAUCGCUCGAAAAAUAAGACCUGGCACCCUAAGAGCCAAUUAUGGUCAUGAUAAAAUUAAAAAUGCUGUACAUUGUACUGAUCUGCCAGAAGAUGCCUCAUUGGAAUUAGAUUAUGUUUUUAGAGUGUUGCCUGCCUAAUUCAAAGCUAAUGUAUUAUAUCUUAUCAAAAGAAUGUUAAUAUUUUUAUAAAUGGCUUUAUAUAUUUAAAAAUGAUAUUGAAGGCUUUUCAUUUUAAAUGACAAAUAUAUUUAUAAC